AUGGACUCCAGCCAGAACAAGAACUACUCAAGAAGCCAGCCGGUUCUCCCGCCAGCGUCUGUGCUCACCAAGGGGACGCAGCGCGAGACAGGGGGGAACUUCACGGCAGCGCCGGUGACGCUGUUUGUGUACGAGGCAGGGCAGACACGUUUGGGGUGUGGGCUGGAGCUCGCCUUCCACGCCAACUUCACCUUCUCCCUCUCCCCUCGAACCGGCCGCGUGGGCUUCAACGGCUUUGCCUUUGUCGUCUCCGUGACAGACCGGGUGGGGAGUGGUGCAGGUGUGGGGUAUGGUGGAAUGGACACGCGGAGCAUCGCAGUUGAGUUUGACACGCUGCAGAACAAGGAGCAUGGCGACAUGAGCGGCCAGCACAUGGGGCUGAACAUUCGAGGCGAGGACAAGUCGCUAGCCGCUGUGAGGUCGCCCUUCCCUCUGAGCAGCAGGAAGGCGUACACGGCGUGGGUGGACUAUGAGCCGGGGGACCCCGGCACCAUCCAGGUCUUCUUGGCUGACUCGCAGGAGAAGCCGCAGGAGGCACUGCUGGAGAGGAGGCUGGCGCUGUGUGAGGUGCUGCAGGGUGCAGCCGAGCAGCCCGCCUUCUUCUUUGGCUUCGUGGCGUCCACCACUGUGAAGCCGUUUCAGCGGCAUGUCAUUCUUGAGUCUGCAGUGGACACAGCCUAUGGCCUGCAGCUAUCAACGAACACGUACAUGCCAGCAUGGGCCAGCCCCUUCCUGCGCUACGUGAGUGCGGACUACCGAGUGGCGCCCAGCAAGCAGGACUCGUGGGUCAUCAGCGACUUCCACUCUUGGGAUGCCGUGCCCUUCCUUGGCUGGCCUACCUUCAAGUACCAGGAUCCUGGAUGCUAUACCGGCAGACUGAACCAUGUUGUACUCGUUGUUGGGUACUUCGUCUUGAGAAAUGACGGCAGCCAAAAUCGCAUUGCGCCUCCACUUUGGAUAGUCCGGAACUCGUGGGGAGUGGAGUGGGGUGACCGAGGCCACAUGCGCAUGGACAUCCAGGGAGGGGAUGGUGUGUGUGGCAUCAACGUGCUGCCUGGCAUCUACCCCAUUGUGAAGAUGGACGUGUGUGGCGCUGACUUGAAGAACCCCUGCUACGUGGGCACAUGCAUCAAUGACGGCAAGGGCUCCUACUCCUGCAUCUGCCCUCCCAACUACGUUGAAAGCACAACGAUUGACAACUUCCCCACCUGCGAUCCAGGUGCUGCCGCCAUUGCUUUGGGCGACACAUGCUGGUCCAUCAGCGCCCAGCUGGGCAUCACCAGCAGCAACCUCACGGCUCUCAAUCCCGGCCUCGGCUGCUCUGAGCCCAUCAAGGCGGGCCGCUCUCUGUGCGUCGAGCGCAAUGCCACCUUCGCCUUCACCGUGCCUCGGUGCUUGCAAUACGGUGUGCUCACAGCACAGGACACAUGCGAGCGCCUGCUGCAGCAGGUGGCGGGGAGUGAGGAAGACCCAUCGGGGGCCUGGAAGGUGAAUGCCAUGCGCUGGGCUGAGCUGGACCGCAACAAUCCCGGCCUCAUCUGCUCGAAUGUCGUCCCAGCCUCCGCAUCCGCUGUUGGCAGCAACACUGGCGUGCAGGUGAGGGUUGGAGGGGAACCGGGAUGGGGUGAGUAA